UACUCGGCGCGACGUUAGCAUUCAACUCUUUACACAAGUACGCACCGCUUGCCUGCGACCGCGCGCGAUCAUAUCGAUCGAUUCGAUAUUUAAAAAUUUAAAUCUCGAUUCCGGAGUUCGGAGCUUAGUGGAAUUACGCGGAGUUUUAGGGUUAACCAAUAACAGUUUUGAUAUAAUACAGUGACCUUUGUGAGAAUAUUACCAAUUACACUUGUUAUAAUGUGUUUGUCCGAGUGAAGACAUUAACAUUUGUUUUGUUCAUUCAACUUUUGAUUUGAUUGAAGAAGAAAAUCAAAUAUGGCGUCGGGUUUCACCUUCGCCAAUGCAACAGUAGAGAAUGGAUUCUCCGACUUAGUGCACGACCACCUCAAGGGUGUAGGUAGACUGUUCUAUUUAACUUCUCCUAAGGAUACUAUGUAUGAAAGGAAAGAAGACGUACCUAACUUUUUUAAACAGUCAUGGCCGUACUUCUUCAUAUUUAUGAUUCUAGAACAUUUAUUACUAAGAUUAGAAGGAAAGAAAGGAAUUAGGUUAAACGAUGGGAUUACUAGCAUAUCACAUGGAAUAUUACAGGAAUGUGGCAGGUUAAUUUGGCGAGGAGCAGAAUCGUACUUAUACACAUGGAUAUACUCCAACUACAGAUUAGUGGAGCUGCCCUGGAACCAUACAUUGACCUGGUACGCAGCAGCUAUAGGGGUCGACUUCUGUUACUACUGGAUGCAUAGAGCCUGCCAUGAAGUGCACAUCUUAUGGGCGCAGCAUCAAGUUCACCACACGUCAGAAGACUUCAAUAUGGGAGUUGGAAUCAGGCAGUCUGUACUACAAGGGUGGUGUGGAUUUAUCUUCUACUUGCCCCUCGCGCUGGUCAUUCCACCAGCCCAGUUCGUCACUCAUUACCAGUUCAGCUACCUGUACAUGUUCUGGAUUCACACGGAGGCUAUCAAGAGCCUUGGUCCUCUGGAGUACAUCCUCAACACUCCCAGCCAUCACAGGGUACAUCAUGGAAGUAACAAAUACUGCCUUGAUGUGAACUAUGGCGGCGUGCUCAUCAUCUGGGACCGGCUGUUUGGCACCUUCAGACCUGAGACUGACAAGGUGAAGAUCGUCUACGGACUCAUCUACAACCAGCCUUCCUUCAACCCUGUGUAUUUACAAAUGUUCUACACGGGUUAUGUGGUAGAGAAGUUCAGGCGGCUUCAAGGCUGGGGCGAUAAAUUAAGAGCAAUCUUCUGGGGACCAAGCUGGGAACCAGGGACACCUCGACUGGGAGAUGAGGACAUGAAGGUAGAUGUGGAGGGUCGUGACAAGUAUGACGUCCAUCUUCCAGCGUGGCUGAACACCUACUUGGUGCUACACUAUGCAGUAGUGCUUUACGGUUUCUUCGAGCUUGCCUCUAAACACAUGGGCAUGACACCAUUCACAGUUUUGGUCUUCGUACUCUACGUCAUCGCAUCUCUCACCAUCAUCGGAAUGAUCUUCGACCAAUCCCAAUACGCUCCUAUUCUUGAAGUCUUGAGAUGUUCAGCUCUAGCCUUCCUUACCAGAAGUGUGGCGGCUCCAGGCGUCGGCACAAUACUGCAGACCAUGUAUGUGGUCUCUGCUAUGUUCUGGUGCCUGUAUACUUUGAAGCUGUUGGAGAUUAAGAAGACAAGCAAGGUCGACUAAGUAGACCUAAGUCAAACCUCUCGGCUGAGUGCACGCUUUUGACAUUGAUGCGAUAAAAUAUCGCUGGCUUCGACCAAUAGACGCUGCGUCUUUACCUGCAUAGGAAGCAUGCUGUUGGAAAUUAAGAGACAAGCAAGGUCGACUAAGUAGACCUAAGUCAAAUAUCUCGGCUGAGUAGACACUUUUGACGUUGAUGCUAUAAAAUGUCGCUGUAUUCUACCAAUAGACGCUGCGUCUUUACCAUCGUAGGCAACAUGCUUGCCGCGUCUACGUAGAUAGUGUGCACCUAAGACUAAUAGAACAAUCUGUUAUUAUACUCGUAAUACGCAUGUUUCAAGCAGAAAAGCGUCUGUUAAGUUUUUUUAUUUUUAAUUUAGAAUACCAAAUUAUUUGAAUAUUAUAACGUUGUUUAAAAUGAAUGUUAAUUAUUAAAAUGUUUUGAUGCGUACUGGCUACUAAUAAUAUUUGUCAAAGAGAAAAAUUAAUGCACAUAUUCUAUUAUGGAUAAAAUCGUACUCGUACGUAAAUAUCUUUAUUCAGUAGGUAACAUAGUUACACUAUGAGUCAUAUUUUUUUACAUAACGAACGUGUCAUCCGCCCAAAACUUCUGUAGUUUCUCACAACCUCUAUAGCCGGAGAAAAGAAGCUGCAAGGAAAACCUCGGCAGAGGGUCCUAGAUGUUCUUAAAAAAAAACAUAAAAUAUUGUCAUACAAUUUAGCAAUUUGCCUGCCUAAUAUCAGUUCCCCGACAGUUAAACCUAUGCAUUCAUAAUAAUCACUAACUUUAAAAAAGUAAAAUAUAUUAUGUGA